AUGGAAGAUCUUCAAAAUUUGACGCUAAACUUCUUCUCCGACCAAGAGCUCUGUAAUGCCGAUAUCGUCCCUCCUUCUCAGGUCCGAGCGAGAAUUGAAGUUUCUGUUCUCAACUUUCUCAAAAUAUUAAAUGCAUCUAACCCUGCCAUCUCAGAUUUGCCUCUGAUUCAGAGAAAAUAUAGCAAUAGUCGAGUGAAUCAUGGCCUGUUGACGGAACUGUCACGUGUUUUUCUCUCCAAUUCCGUAUCGACGAGGUCUCUGAUGAGACCUAAUGCCGCAAAAGCCUUCGUUAGGGUGUGGAAGGUGAUGGAGAUGUGCUAUCAGAUAUUGCUUCAGGAAAAGCGUGUCACGCAGAGGGAGCUCUUCUACAAGCUGCUGUGUGGUUCGCCACACCUGUUUCCUUCUCAAACGCAUGUUAACAGGACAAUCCAAGAUCUUGUAGCAUUGCUUCGGUGCAGUCGAUACAGUCUUGGAAUCAUGGCAUCUAGUCGAGGACUCAUAGCUGGCCGUCUGACUUUGCAGGAACCCGGCAACGACAUUGUUGAUUGCUCUUUAUGUGGUUCUUCUGGAUAUGCAAUUUCUGGUGACUUGAAUUUGUUAGAAAAGUUGGUUCUAAAUUCAGAUGCUCGGUACGUCAUAAUUGUGGAAAAGCAUGCAAUAUUUCAGCGGCUCAGUGAGGAUCGUUUUUUCCAUCAAAUUCCAAGCAUUCUUAUCACGGCUAAAGGUUAUCCAGAUAUGGCCACGAGAUUUCUUCUUUAUCGGAUCAAUCGAGCUUUUCCAGACUUGCCAGUUUUAGCUUUAAUGGAUUGGAACCCAGCUGGAUUAGCGAUAUUAUGCACCUUUAAAUUUGGAAGUGUAGGAAUGGGCCUAGAGGCAUACAGAUACGCUUGCAACGUCAAGUGGUUAGGAAUUCGGGGGCAUGAUCUACCUUUGCUGCCUGACCAAUCCUUCGUUCCAUUGAAGCCAAAAGAUCUGCAAAUUGCUCAGAGCUUGAUUUCUUCAGGAAUAUUACAGGAUAAUUACAAGGAUGAAGUGGCCUUAAUGGUUCAGAGCGGAAGGAGAGCUGAAAUCGAGGCUCUAUACUUUCAUGGAUAUGAUUAUUUGGGGAAGUAUAUAGCUAAAAAAAUUGUACAGUCCGAUUAUGUAUAA